AUGUUCUCAAUAAAAACUGGCUACAACCUGCAAAAACGGUUCAAUCAGUUUGGUGAUGCAGAGUUCAGCUGGUUCCAGUAUAUUUGGAACCUUAACACUUCGCAAAAAAUCAAACAUCACUUUUGGAGAGCAACUAACGGAGCCCUUCCGAUCGGCUUGAACAUCGUCUGGCCAGGUAUCGACGCCAACUCUAGCUGCUCACGUUGUGGAGAACAGGAAACAGUCACCCACAUUUGGCUGGAUUGCCCGUAUGCCAAAGCAGUCUGA